UCACUUUGUUCGUUGAAUUGUUUACAUGCAAAUGCAGCGCGGUGCUUAUUGUUUUGCCAAUAGUAGCGUAAUCUCAACAUUACGUAAAAAAUACAGUCCGUUGUUGCUGAACUCUGUUGCCUCGUUCCACUCGACGAAAAUGGUGCAAAUCAAGGAAGGUGAUAAAAUACCGUCGGUCGAUCUGUUCGAGGAUUCGCCCGCAAACAAGGUAAACAUGGCGGAUCUGUGCGCUGGCAAGAAGGUGAUCCUGUUCGCCGUUCCGGGCGCCUUCACGCCCGGCUGCUCCAAGACGCAUCUGCCCGGCUACGUCGAUAAGGCGAGCGAUCUGAAGUCAUCCGGUGCGACCGAGAUUGUGUGCGUGUCCGUCAACGAUCCGUUCGUCAUGUCGGCCUGGGGCAAGCAGCACAAUGCCAGCGGUAAGGUGCGUAUGCUGGCCGAUCCGGCAGCUGCCUUUACGAAGGCACUGGAACUGGGAGCCGAUCUGCCGCCUCUUGGUGGGCUUCGCUCGAAGCGCUACUCGAUGGUGCUGGAGGAUGGCGUCGUGAAGUCGCUCAACGUCGAACCGGACGGUACGGGCCUGUCGUGUUCGUUGGCCGACAAAAUCAAGCUGUAAGCUGGCCGAUGCCCGUUCAUCGCCAUCCGUCUGCACCGUUUUCUCGCAAUCUAUAGCAAUAUUACGUAUACCGGGUUUGAAGCCUAGUACCUUUUUGCUCUUAAUCUCCCAACAAUUAACGAUCAUUGCUAACACACAGAACACACACAAAGCAUCAAAUCUAGGAAAGGUAUCGAUGCCUAAUCCCAGAUGGGGAGCAGUACACGCGCAACCACUCGUAGAGAGUAGAGAGUUAAUUCACUGUGGUCAAAAUUCUAAAUCACUUAUAGCACGUAUCGCUGUGUGCCGAAUGCCUCGUAGUUCUCUUUUUGCUAGUUGUUAAUGAACAUCACAGUCACGAUUCUACAUCAAUAUAUAUUAUACCUUUUGGAAUCUGUAGCAUGAUAAUUGCUGAGAAUGGGGAGAAGAAAUAUAUCAAAAUCUACUCCGCUCGUUGUCGUGUAACAAAACACUGGAUCACGUGUCGAGCGCAUCCCGAGAACAAUAACUAGUUGGAUACAUAAGAAAUAGGAAUUAGUGCCACAAAAAUCUCCACCAUCGUCCGUUACGCACCACGACGCAACUUCCCAAUUCUAGCUUUCGUUGUGGAAUUUGGGAAGCUGCGAUACGUGACCCGUAGGAAAUGUGAAUGUGCUUUACGAAGUCAAUUCCUGCAAGAAUCAUUGAAAGGAAAUGGGGAGAUAUGGGAAGAUUAUCAGUACAGUACACGACACGCAGGGCUUGUGAGGGAAUGGGUUGUGCAGCGAUUCAUUGAAUUUAAAAAUGGAAUGGAAUAUACUUCACAAUUUGCUAAGCAAAAUAGUUC